GAGGAGAUGAGUCUGCUCUCCUGGACUGUAGAAGCUCAGGCUCAGAUAGAAACACCUGCUCACCUGGCAGAGCUGUUGGACUCACCUGCUCAGAGCCUGUCAGGUUGGUGGGAGGAAACAGUCGCUGUGCAGGAACACUGGAGCUGAAACGUGGAGGAGAAUGGAGACCAGUGGAAGACUAUUACUUUGACUGGACACCGGAGACAACAGCAACUGCCUGCAGCGAGUUAGACUGUGGUUCUGCUGUUUCUGUAAAACGGAGAGAGGAGUCCUCAUACAGAUCUGUGUGGGGGAUGAGAUCUCACUGUGUCCAGCCUGGAUCUGCUCUGAGGGAGUGUGUAUUUUUAUAUUCCUCUCGGUUUAUCCUGGAUCUUGUCUGUUCAGACCUGCUGCUUCAGCCCAACAUCUCCUGGUCCUCCUCCAUGGACGGGGUCUCUGAGGCCCAGCAGCAGCAGCAUCAGGAGGAGUUUCAGGUUUUCAGAGGCUCCACCUUCACCAUGAGCUGCUCCAUCCAGCCUCAGUACCCAGGAGGCUCCUUCCAGCUCUCCUUCACCUCCUCCAUCUCAGCAAUCAACGACACCCAGCCAGCUGUCAAUCACUCUGCUGACUUCCUGUUUCCUGCUGCAGAGCCCACCCACCAAGGAAGCUACACCUGUGUUUAUCACAUCUAUGUUUUUUCUCAUAACUUCUCCUCUGAGAGCCGUCAGCUCUCUGUCUCUGUCUCAGAUUCAACACCGUUUAUCAUCAGAGCGGUCGUCGUGCCGCUGACUCUGCUGGUGUCCAACACGGCCCUUUACUUCUACUGUAAGGCCACCAGGGGGCAGAGGCCGAGCAGGCGGGACAACAUGGAGCUGGAUUAUUAUAACCUGGGUGUUCCUGCAGCUGUUGGAAGGCCGACUGAAGAGAAAGCAGCUCAGGGAGCAGAUUUGCUUAUUUCAUAAAAAUUGUGCUUCAUUAUGAGAUGCAAGAAUUUUCUUAUUUUUUUUAUUUAGGAUUUGCUUGUUUUCUUUAUUAUGCAUUAUUUUGUUCAUCUGAUUAAAAAAAACUUCUGCCUGUUGGACGAGAAGUGUACUUUGUAUUGUGAUGAAAGGAUUUACUUCAGUCUGAUUUUGCUUGUUUUCUUUGUGAUAAGUAAUUUUCUUAGUUUUUGUUAAAGGAUUUUGUUUUUUCAGAAGACUUUGUGGUAAAGGAUUUUAUUGUAUGUUUUGUAAUUAACGAUUUUGGUUUUUUAUAUUAAAUGUUUUUGUCGAUGUGAUGAAGUUUUGUAAUGAAGGAUUUUCAUGCUUUCUUAAUGGAGGGUUUUGGCUGUUGGAUAAGAAGUGUACUUAAGUUUUUGAUGGAUUUUGCUUAUUUCAUAAAAAUUGUGCUUAGUAUUGUGAUGAAAGAAUUUACUUAAUUUUUUUACAGUUUUUUGUUUGUUUAAAACAAGGAUUUUGCCUGUUCCAUAAUAAUUUUGCUUAACCUUGUGAUGAAAGAAUUUACAUAAGUUUGUGAUGAAGGAUUUUCCUUUUUUUUGUAUAAUGAAUAUUUGUCUAUUUCACAAAGAAAAAUGGCUUAAUAUUUUGAUGAGGGUUUUGUUUGGUUUUGUCCUUUGAUGAAGGAUUUGUUGAUUUCU